UUAUGUUUUCUAUCUACUACAUUUUCUUUUACUUUUGUCCCCCACCCUAUAGUCUAUCCUCAUCCACUACUUUUUAUAUCCCUCUUUCUCCUUCACGUAACUCUUGAUAUAUAGCCUUGUACUUUCAUCUUUCUUUGUCCAUCUUCUACUUCUUCUAUGGCUAACUUCAGCUUCAUCCUCGGCAUAAUUGGGAAUGUCAUCUCCAUACUUAUGUUUGCUGCUCCAAUAAAAACGUUCAAAAGGAUAAUCAAGAAGAAAUCAACAGAGGAUUUUAAAGGGAUACCAUAUAUUACAACACUAUUGAGCACAAGUUUGUGGACAUUUUAUGGCUUAUUAAAGCCUGGAGGUUUGCUUGUAGUCACAGUCAAUGGUACUGGUGCCAUAUUACACAUCGUAUAUGUCACUCUCUUUCUUAUCUAUGCCCCCAAAACUCUUAAGAUUCAAUCGAUUAAGCUGGUGGCAAUAAUAGAUAUAGCUUUCCUUGGGGCUGUAAUAGCAAUCACUUUACUAGCUGUGCAUGGAAAUACUCGGCUCACAGUGGUCGGACUUUUAGCUGCUGGUUUGAACAUAGUCAUGUAUGCAUCUCCUUUAUCAGCUACGAGAACUGUGAUAAAAAUGAAGAGUGUGGAGUACAUGCCAUUUUUCCUUUCCUUCUUCCAGUUCCUUAACGGAGGGGUAUGGGCUGCUUAUGCAGUCCUUGUCAAAGAUUAUUAUAUUGGAGUGCCAAAUGGGAUAGGAUUCUUAUUGGGCUCGGCCCAACUGAUCCUGUACUUCAUGUACUACAAGUCAACCCCAGCAAAAUCCACAGAUGAAAAGGAAGAAAAAGAAGGCUCGGCCCAUUUAGUGAGAAGAGGAAUCCAAAUGAAUGAUCUUGAUGGAGCCCAUGAGAAUGACAAAAAUAAUCGAAAUCUUCACAAAGGGAAAAGCCUCCCAAAGCCAUCUUUAGCUCGUCAGUAUAGCGAGAAUCUAGUGAAGACUCUCUCUAUUAGCUCAUCUUCUUUGGGCUCACACAAUGAAGAUGAUAUUGAGAAAGGCCUAAAAGAUGCCCACUAAAUUUCAGAAUUUUAGAAUAUAGGCCCAAAUUUUAUUUUUGUAUUGUUGGGCCUUACGUAUAAGAAACACUAUAAUUAUACGGAAAUUUUACCUCCUAUAGCAAAGGUAUACACCCUAUUUUUAUAAAUCAAAAUUAUUUUAAGAUA